AUGAGUAACUUUGAAGAAGAACGUAAUAAACUUUAUGAAAAAUUACAAGAAGUUCCUGAAAAAUUCUCUAUAACAACCGAUAUUUGGACAACAGAUGACAAAUCAUUUAUGGCAAUUACUCUUCACUAUUUAGAUUC